UUGCAGCGUCGCCAGGACAUUGACUCGGGCGCCGAAGCAGGCGGCAAGGUUACUCAGGUUUUCAACGAGUACACCGAGUUCCCCGAAUUCUCGCGCUCUGAACUCAAAAAGUUCAAGGACAUGUUCAAGAAGUACGACACAGACAAGAGUGGCUUCCUCGAUCUGCAGGAACUCAAGUACUUUAUGGAGCAGCUCGGCGAGCCCCAAACACACGUCGCCUUGAAGGCCAUGAUCGCCCUGGUUGACGAGGAUUUCGAUGGUACCAUCUCGUACCGUGAGUUUUUGCUCAUCUUCCGCAAGGCAGCUCGCGGUGAGCUCGAGGCCGGCUCUGGCCUCGCCAAGCUUGCCGAGAGCGUAAAUGUGUCUGAGGAAGGUGUUGGCGGUGCCAAGAACUUCUUCGAGGCCAAGUCAAAGCAGCUGGCUGACUCUAACAAGUUUGAGAAUGAAAUCAAGAAGGAGCAAGAGGCCAAGAAGGCCGAGCUCGAAGCCGCCAAGCAACGCCGCGCCGACUUCAAGUCCAAGGCUGCCACCUUCCAGUAA